UUUAUUCCCGCAAAAAAUAUGUGUUCCAUUGACAGUUAGAGCUCCGAGUCUGUUUUUCGAUGGAGCAACCACCACCGCCGCCACAGGCGCCGCCAAAUGAGCAACAACUUCCGCCGCAACAGCAACUACCGCCGCUACCAUCAGCUGCGUUGCCGCCGCCGCCUCUUACAUCCUCCUCCGCUGCACCGUCCUCGCUUUCCUUACCCGCCUCUUCACUCCCUCCUCCUGCGGCGACGGAGACCGUGCGUUCUCCCAACCCAAACCUAAACCCCGCCACCACAUCCCCCGCUCUCAAUAUCCCUCAAUCAAGGCCGGCAUCGCAGCCAUCGUCGUCCUUUUCCCGGCCAUGGCAGCAGCCAUCGCCAUUCCAGCACUUCUCAUUGCCUCCUCCUCCGCCUCCUCCGGGGCCGCACUCUGCCUCCGCCUCCGCCACUCCUUCGUCUUCUUCGCUAUCAAUGCCGCCGCCGCCUAGGGGCGGAAUGGCGCUUGGUGUCCCUGCCCAUCACCCCGGGCCUCCUCCCCCUCCCGCCUCGUUUUCGUCCUUGGCUCCGCCUUCCUUUGGCCAACAAUUCGGUGGAUUGGGCCGCAAUGUGCCUGAUUCUGUGCCUACUUCAAACUCAUCCCAGGUGAGACAGCCAAUACAAGGAAUGCAAGGAGUGGGAAUUAUGGGUGCCAUUGGUUCCAGUUCAGCAAUAAGAGCAGCUGGGGUUCCUCAACAUCCAUUGAGAUCAAUUACCUCAUCUCUUAGAGCACAGGCUGUCCCUCAGUCUCCUGGUUCACAAAAUUUUCAAGGACAUGGCAUGCUGAGAGUUCAAUCAGUGGGAUCUCCAAUUUCUCCUGGUGCUUCUCAGAAUCCACAGUCCCAGAAUCAGCCUUGGUUAUCUUCGGCUGCACAAGGGAAGCCUCCGUUGCCACCCCCCUCGUUGAGGCCUCAGAUGAGCCCACAGUUAUUGCAGCAACGAUCUCAUAUUCCUCCACAGCAUCACCAUACCAUGCCUACUGCCUCUCCGCAGCAACAGCAUACAUCUUCUGCCCAACAGUCACAGCCUUCAAGUUCAGUUCCGGUUCCUGAGAAUUUGGCACAGCAAGUUCAACCAUCAAGGAAUCAACCGUCUUUCCCCAAUCAACCACCAAUUGCAAGGGGUCAAGGGUUGGGAAUUCAAAGGCCCCCGUCUCUUGCAACGCUGCAACCUGGUUCUGUUCAGGCUGGAUCGCUUCAUAGACCUGCUGCUGUGGAGACCGAGGAGCCUUGUAAUAGGAUUCUGAGCAAACGAAGCAUCCAGGAGCUCGUGACUCAGAUUGAUCCCUCGGAGAAAUUGGAUCCUGACGUUGAGGACAUCCUUGUAGAUAUUGCUGAGGACUUCGUGGAAUCUAUUACAACCUUUGGUUGCUCAUUGGCAAAACACCGAAAAUCCUCUGUGCUAGAAUCGAAGGACAUCCUUAUAAAUGUUGAAAGGAACUGGAACAUAUCUCUUCCGGGGUUUAGCGGGGAUGAAAUUAGGACCUACAAGAAACCAUUCACAACUGACAUUCACCGAGAGCGGCUUGCUGUUAUCAAGAAAUCAGUCGCCACUGCAGAGGCAUCGAAUUCAAAGAGCGGGGCUGGGCAAGGUGGAAACUUGAAGAGCCAUACGGGAAAAGCACCUGCCAAUAUUAUGAGUCCCCCUAACACAAAAACCUAAAGCUCUAACACCCAUUGUUCUGGAACACUGGUUUUUGCGAAGCUUACCAUUACACCAGUCACCGGGUAUGCUCUUUCCUUGUAUUGUUUAUCGUUUCUUGAUCUUCCAUCUUAUACGUGUAUGUAUGUAUUCUCUCAUCCAGCAUAGCGUGAGGGUGUCGAAAAUUUUUAUGUCCACAACUUUAGCGUAACAACAUCAUCAUCAUCCCCAAGCUGAGGUGAAUAACAAAGUGACCCGGAGGCGCAAUUACCAGAAAAUGGGCAGGAAAAAGCACUGAACUUUCCUCUUGCCAAACUCCUCCCAGUUGAGGCAAGUACAUAGAAAUAGUCAAAAACCAAUACUCUGAAUGUACUUGCUGUUUUUACAUACAAUUGAUGGGUGUAGGCAUUUUCUAUGCCUUUAAUUUAGAUCUUGUUUUCAAUCACAUCUCGACCGGAUCUGCCAUGGAUGAUGGGCACUAUCUGUUUUUGAGUUUUGACAGCUAAAAAUUGCUAAUAAAAGCAAUCAACAUA